ACACAAUAGAGUGAAGUUUAACUAAAAUUUGGCAUUUGAUCAGUCGAAAAUUUUCGUUGAUCCAUAAUUUGGCAUAAUUUUUUUGUUAGCCUGAGCUAAUCCAAAUAUUAACAAAAUGAAGAUUCCAUUUGGUAAAAAGCAUGCUGAAAUUGCUACUUCUUUUGUCUCGUCAGCGGCUGGUUUUGGUGGCGCAGCGGGGCUUGCGCUACUCUACUUCACAGACUGGAAGGUGGUGCUGCAGUACAUGCCAAUCUACAAUACGAAAUUCGAUAAAUCCGAAUAAAUAAACCGUUUAGUUUGCUGGACGAAACAAAAUUAAUAUUAUGUUUUGCUCUGGUCUAAAUUGAAAUCAACAAAAUGUGUUCUGAAAUAAAGUAGUGUGAAAUUCGCCGUGAAACUUGCAUUAUGGGACUAAAAUGUAA